AUGGAAGCACUUGUGUCUGAAUUACGCGAUGAAGUUGAGCGGUAUAAAAAAGAAGCUCGAGAAGCGAAAGCUGAAUUGGAGGAAUUUGUAACCUGUAGUCGCAAUAUGGAAGCAGAAUUAGAUAGCGAGUUAUCUGCAGAAAAAACGAAAAAUAGUAGGCUGGAAAAGCAACUUUCCAGUUUAAUAGAACAGUUAGAGAAAUGUAAACAUGAUAUGGACAGGUAUAGGAAAGAGUCUUACUCGAUAGACUCAAAGCGGAAUAAAGAACUCAAGUCUCUGCGAGCAGAGAAUGAAAGUUUGACCAAGAAAGUUCGAGAGCUGGAACAGAAGAAUGAUGAUCUUGAAAGGGAAUUAAGAAUCAAUGUUGAAACGCUGAAAGACACUGAAAAAAUGUUGAACGAGGAACUGGAAUCUCGGGCAUUGUUAUCAGCUGAACUAGAAGCUAAAGAAGAACUUGGGGAUUUGAAGGAGCACUGUCAGAGGUUAGAAGAUGAAAUCCGAGAUUUGAAGUUGGACAAUAUCGUAAAAGAGGCAAAAAUUCGGAACUGGCGCGCUAUCGAAAGGAAUUCUUUUUCUUCUCAUGUAGAAAACUUAAAAGAAUUGCAGAAUGGUGUAUCUCGACCUUCCGCAGUUAAAAUACCGAAAAUGAAUGGUAGUGUGGAAGUUAGUAUGAAUGGAACCGCGUGUAGCCCGUUAUCAUCACCUCUUGCGCGGAACAUUUCACCAGUCAUAGCAAACUUGUUAAAGACUGUCCAGGGGCUAGAAAAAAAAUUGCUAUCAAUGCAUCCUGAAAGGAACUCGUCGUGUGACACUUGUAUAUCACCGAUAAGCCGUCGUUAA